AUGGCUACUCUACGUAAGAACGGUCUACAGUCCUCAUGCGAGCCUUGUCGCAAAUCCAAAAUUCGUUGCGAUCAUGAAUUUCCGAUUUGUGGUCGAUGCGCCCGAAUGAACAAGUCGAACCAAUGUCUCUAUCGACGCUCUCCGACAAGAACAGUCACUGGAUCAGUGACAGCAAAUUCUACACCAACCCAGCCGCAAAGACACGAUGCAUCUUGGGAGCGAACUAGUGAAAGCUCACCCGUUCACAAAAGAAGACGGUUGUCACAAUCUGAAUACCUCGGAAUGACAAGCCAUUUUGCGCUCUUCCAAGAAAGUACAGAUAACUUGGCCAUUUCACUUCCCCAGGGGGUGCAAGAGGCCAGAAGCAACACCCAUGGCUCCAUUCCCAAUACCAUUCCCAUCGAAAGUGAAGCGGUACGCCGAGGUGCGCACAUUCUUCAAUUAUUAAGGAAUCUCCCAGUGUAUCAAAGAAUAGCAGAAUCCUCAGUCAGAACAACGCAAGAGAGCGGAUUUUUGAGCAAGCAACUCGUUGAGCUCACUUUCAAGUCCCUACAAGAAUUUUCCGGCCCGGAGUCGCCUAGUGACUCUUCAUCCUUGUUUGCCCGCUCAAGACAAAUCUUUGGUCUAUUUUCUGCACCAAUUCCCAUCCACUCAUCGCUCACUUUAAAUGAAUUCAUGUCAUCAAUGUCUUGCAGGUGGGAGAUCAUCGGCUUGGCUUUCUCUUGCCUAGGUGUAGGCACCGCCUUGCCCUGUGAUUGGGAUGCAAUAUUUCAGAUCGAAGGCAAGCCGGUUGAUUCUAGAAAUGAUUUGGCCGAGUUGGCAUUAUCAGCAACAGAGACAUGCCUGUCAUUUUGUAACGAAGCCGGUGUAUUAAAUGAUGCUGUCAGCUGGCUUAUUUCCCAAUAUCUCUUUCUAACCACUCUGGUUCACGGAGACAGGGACUACAGAUCAUGGAGAGCUUUAGGAGAUCUCUCAACGAUUAUAUUUAGCCUGGGCCUCAACCAGCCUCCCCCCGAUCAGAACACGCCAUUUUGGCUUCUGGAGACGCGAAAGCGACUUAUGGGCAGUGCAUUCAGCUCGGACAAGCAACUUGCCACGUUUUUAGGGAGACCUCCGCGUAUCAGCUGGCGCUUCUGUGAUAUUGCGCUGCCUCUGGAUCUUAGUUUUGCGGAAAUCAUUGCGGAACCAGAGGUCCGAGACAGGGCGAUUAGCAGACUGGAUACUGAUGGUUGGAACACAGAAGAGAGUGAUACACAAGCUGUCUGGCUGAGGGUGUCCUUGAUUAUGGGCCCAGUUCGAGAAAGCAUUCUGGAAUUAUCACUCAACCAGCAGGGUGACAAUCUCCCAGGGCGAAUUGAGGAACUCUUACAACAGUCUCAUGAGGCCUGGUCGGGUUUACCUUCUUUCCUCCACCAAACGCAAGAUGAGAUUUUAGAUUUCAAACAUAGCAUCUUUCUCCAGCUACAUUUGGAUUAUCUAUAUGAUCAAUUUCUGCUUUUUCGAAUUCUCUCCAAGCGACAGAACACCUGGGCCCCCGAACUCGUUAAGGUAUCCCAUGAGAUUCUCAGUGAAGUGCUCCUACUUGUGGACGGCCGAAUUCGGACCAUGAGACUUACUCCCGAACUUUCAUGGGUGAUAUCUUUCUUCGGUCUCCCAUCAGCCGGUGUUCUUUCAAUUGAACUCGUCCGUCGCGCUUCUCAUCAGUCCACCGAUUCUUCUAGCUCUCCCUCUAUUGCCGUUCCAUCAUUUUCACGUUCACGAGUCAUACAGGAUCUCAGCAUCUUUGCAUCUUAUUUGCGAUCGAUUGUCCAAUCCCAUGAAGGAAAUUAUGAUAUAUGUCGACAGGCCCAAGAGACGAUUGGACGCGUUCUAGAUUUUGUUUUGUCCUCGGAAGCCGUUCAGCCCGCUGUGCCUCUAGAUAUACACAAUAUGGUAUCCAACCCCGACUCGCCCGAUACCACCGAUAUGGCCACUAUUCUGGAUUAUAACUAUUGUAUCACCAACCUCGAUAAUUGGCAAUUCGAGUUGCAAGAUACUUUGCAUAUGUUUUGA